AUGAAAAACGUUCACAGUCGACUGUACACUGGAAAACAGCAUGCAAAGACUAGGGCCUUAAUACGUAUGAUUAAGGACAGCUCGGCAGACUGCCUCCAAACAUCUGAACGUAGGACGGGAUGGCCUAACGACAGUAGGGCCUUAAUACGUAUGAUUAAGGACAGCUCGGCAGACUGCCUCCAAACAUCUGAACGCAGGACGGGAUGGCCUAACGACAGUAGGGAUACGCGCGACUGUGAGAUGUAUGAACCAAUUGUGACGGAAUAUCUCGAUAAAACAUUAAAUAAAAAUUGGUCAAUCCUCGGAAUAUUAGAAUUUGCACGACCCAAAUUAUCUCUAGAUACAAUUAAUGAUUUCAAAAAAGAUUUAUACACAGUAUUACAGAGAUAUCUAGAAAAAUGCAAUGUUCACAUCAACGCAAAAAAAAAAGUGGAGAGGAUUUUAACUAAUUUUAACACAUAUUUCUCCAGUGCCAAAGUGAGGCAAUUCAUUAUUGAACUUGAAUAUAACACGGAAACACGCAUGAAUGUCACGUCUGCCUACACAAUUGAAGUUUUGAAGGAUCAGCAAGAUAAUCGAAAGCUCAUCAAUCAAUUAAGAAAAGACAACAUCUCUAGUAUAAAUUCAAAUUUGGAGGACAGACAGGAACAGGUUAAUGAAAAGAUAUUGAGUACCAAAACGAAAAUGUACAAAUCGGAGGUUAAUGUUCAAGUGACUUGCGACAGGAUUGCUUCUCUACGUUCGGCAGACCCUUCUACAGGGGCAUCGCAAUCAAACUUUCAGGAGAAUGGAGAGAAGGAUGAAGAGGAAGAUGAAGAGGAGGAUGAAGGGGAAGAUGAAGGGGAGGAUGGAGAGAAGGAUGAAGAGAAGGAUGAAGAGGAAGAUGAAGUGAAAGAUGAAGACAAUGUUACAAAUAAUAAUGCUAAUUAUGUUGCAAUGGAGAAUUAUCCAGAAAAUAAUUAUAAUCAUAACAAUGAUUUUGUUGAAGUUACCUAUGUAAAUAGAUUAGAAUUUCAGAGUCGUACUAGACGUUGGCUCUUGUCCAGUGGAACAGAUGUUUUGAAUGUUUUGUCGAAAUAUGAGAAAACAGUCCCAGAAAAUCAAAAAUGUUUAAACCCCGUUUGUUGGGGCAUUCUAGAUCUCACCGGCGCCCAUCCCGAAACCAAAGCUUUAUUUUCACCAGAAGAUUGGACAGAAAUGGUUAACAACUUUGAACAAGAAGUGAAACUAUCACAAACAGAUAUAUCUGAUAUUGUGAUUCAUUUUUUUGAUGAAGUAAAUCAGAUUGUUAAGAACAAUCACGACCCUACAAUGGAAAUCGAUAGACUAUUUCCGGAAGUCAUCGAAAAGAAAUAUAAUAUUACACUCAGCACAGAAGAAAAAGCCAAUAUUUUUGCCCUGAAACGUGCCAUUGUAACAUAUAUCGAAAAUCUCAAAGGGACCGAUUUGUUAGUCUCGGAAUCAGAUUUCGAUAACUCUUUUCCCAAUAUGCUUAUGAAGAGGUUUUUGGAUCAAGACGAAGUGAAAAUAGAUGUAGUUGGCCAAAAGUGCGACUUUAGAGGGAUACUUAAAAAUAGCUUAGAUAAAUUAGAAGCCAUAGUUGGUCUUAGAAGCGGUGGACUUCCAACGGCACAUCGGCGAAAAAUUUUCGAGGAUCAUAUAGAUUUAAGUGUAACCAUGCGUGACAUUCUGUAUUCAUUUUUUAAAUCGAAUCAAAAUGCUUCAGAUGAUAUUUUACAUCGAACAUUUUUGCUUGGGACUCAAUCUUGGGGGUGGACUCAUGAUGUUUACGGGAUGGACUGCAAAGCAACAAAUAUUUGCAGAUUCGGGAAGCUUUGCAGAACAAAAAUGCCACACACUUCUGGGACAAUAGGUUGUUUGGAGGCUUUUUAUGCUGUUAUGUUAAACAUAGAGGCUACCCUUAAAGACAUUCGUGAACAUGUCAAUAGCGUUGCACUGGCUCAUUCUCAGGCACACCGGAAUGGAAAGAGAAAAUUUGAAGACUCUAAGGUUGGAGGCUGUUUCGGAGAAAUUAAAACAUCCCCAAGAAAAAUUCGCACCAAAUAUUUGUAA